AUGAGAAAUCCCAGCUGGGAGUCAUGCUGCAAGCAGGGAUCAGUCCAGUUGCAACUCUUACCUGAUCCACCUGAGUACUUGAAGGACUUGCUUGAACGUACGGACACUCAAGACCGUCACUUUAAGGAUAACCUUCGCCAGUGCAACGCUGCCUUUGCCUUUACUUCGUUGGGCUGCGAUAUUGUUUCGCCUGAGGAUCGUGCCAACAACAACAAUAACAAUAACAAUAACAAGAGAGGUGGAUUAAACGCCUUUCAAAUCCAUAGCGCACUUUGCCACCGUCAAGGCUCUUUGACUCCAGUUGAAGGCAAUGAGCCUUCCUACGUCCAGCUAUAUAUAUUUGAUCCUUCCUAUGCCGCUGAAAGAAGACAAGCACGAAACAGCAACCUUGAUCCUGAGAUCGUUAGGGAGCUUUCGGUCAUGCUUGCUCAAUGUAACCAAUUUGCGCGUAUAUAUCGCUAUGCACACGAGAUAUUGAGCAACCAUGAGAGCAGCAACACUGUCAGUAAUGGUAAUGAUCAAAGAGAAGUCAGUGUGCCGUACAUCAUUAUCAGCCCAUCAAUGAGAAUGCGCUUAAUUGAAGGAAGCGAUAGACGCACUCACAACCCUCCAACAAUGGAAGAGAUUGCUGCUGUUAUACCAAUCGAGUAUAGUGACAGAGGUUUCCGUGAUAUUGUUCUUACCUUGAGAAGCAAUAACAGUCUUCGUUAA